GGCGAACCCUGAACUGAUCCUUUGUGGGCACAGCUUCGGCGUCACCGUGGCACGCAGCGUUGCUCUUCAACUUUGCACCUGUGGCCUGGAUGUCCGGGGCUUGGUGGCCAUCGACCCACGUUGUUUGGACUUUGCAUCCCUUGAGCUCCUAACCGCUGAGAGCCUCACCUCUGUGCCCCGCAGCCUCGCUCAAUCGUUGGCCCAUCCGUUUUAUCGCCUUGACACGUUGGAGCUCGAGUUCGUUGCCCCACUGGGGCUAGCUGCAUCCUGGGACUACCAGCUCUCCAAGCGAUCGGCGUACCAUCUCUUCGACGCGGACCAUUUCAGCUUGGGUGGCGUGCAGGCUUGGGACAUGUCUGACCGCAUCAAGAAGCAGGUGCGUCAGCGCUGCCGGCGGCGCUGCAGGCGAGUCCGUUGA